AUGUCUCGUCCAAAAUCUACCGAAGAAAUUGAAUAUUUUUUAAAUGAUAAGCUUAAAGUUGAAUUGGGAAAUCUGGAAAAUGCAUUAAACAAAUCAAAUGAGGAUGUUAUGGAAUAUAUACAGCUAGAAAAAACAAUAGAAUUCAUCAAAACGAAUAAAUCCGAUGGAUUUAAAACGCAAAUUGAUGUUGGCACUAAUAUGUUCAUGGAAGCAUCUGUGGAUAAAAUAGAGCCAAUUCUAAUAAAUGUAGGCUUAAAUGUUUAUUUAGAAUUAAGCAUAGAAGAAGCACUUAAAUUUCUUGGACAGAAAAUUAAAAUAUUAAAUAAGGAAUCCGAAGUGAUACGAGAAGAAAGCUUGAAAGUGCGAGCAGAAAUUAAAAUUUUAUUAAUGUAUCUUGCAGAAAGAAAGGGAUUUGCACCAUCAGAAAUUGUUUAA